AAGCUUGCCCCAUCCCUAAUAUUUUGCUGUUUCUUAUAGUUUAUUGUUUAUUUGAAGAAAAUCUUCCAAAAAGAGAAAUCUCGGACCAUUCUGUAAACUGAUAAUUUUAUCUCCAAAAAGCAAACAUGAACAUAUGCCGCCUGUGUUUAUCAAAGGAAGCAAUUUUUCCACUUGUUGGUUCCAGCGCAUUAAAAGUAAUAGCUUGCACGUCACUUGAAAUUGAACAUGAUGAUGGUCUACCGCAAAACAUAUGUCCCGCAUGCCGUCUUCACCUGGAGGAGAUCCACUGCUUUCGACGACGUUGCCAGGAAGCUGAUAGGUGUUUGAGGCGGCACAUAGCCUUGGAACGGGAAGGGAUCCAACCGAAAUUGAACGAGAUCCAAGAGGGUUUCCUACGAGAUGUGGCUGGAUGCACACCCACUGCCUGUUCGGAGAGUAACUCCCAAUGGCGCCAGCAAGCUGCCCAGCUAAUCCGUACCGAACUUAGUGACUACAAAAAGGAGCUUCUUAACACCUGCAAACAGACUGUGCGCGCUGACAUCGAACUGGAACUUCGCGCUGAACUGGAGGAGGUUAUACUAGCCGAGGCUAGGAAGGAAUUGCGUCUGAACGUCCUGGACGACGUGUUCCACGAGUUGGAGCAAUACUUUGAACGCAAGCGCAACGAGACGGCCUACGACCUUAAUGGUUCCGAGAGGAUAAACUCUAACUCUGAAAUCCAGAACAAUUUAAACAAUCAAAUAGUUGCGGAGCAUUCUGAAGGAUUCUAUGAAGCAGAGACAAGCGAUGAGCAGCAACUCACUACGAACGAUGAUUGUGUGGUGGAGCUGCUGGACGACGAGCCAGAGUCGAGCACGCAGCUGGGUGCCACCCCUAUGGUUGCCGUUCCCAUGGUCGAGAUCAACAUGCACGAUUCUCAGUUAACUCAUCUGCGUGAGGAUUUUAAAAAAGAGUCUUUCCUUAGCUUUAAAAAUUCUCCUAUGAAGGUUGUAAAAACCAAGAAUAGCCGUAUCGAAAGCCCUAGAAAGAAUAUCGACAAGUUCUGUUGGAAGCACAGCUCAAGGGCGAAAAGAAGCUCGAAAGCGACCGUCGAUACUGCCGACUGUGUUCGAUGCUCCUUCAGAGGAACUCAAAAUAAUACCAUAAAAACGCGAUCAAUAUCAAAAUAAUUUACAAUGUGAUUAAUAAGUGUCCCGUCUAAACAUUCUUGAAGAUUGAUAAUCGCCCACACAAACUUUAUAAGAGUUAAGGAUGAUCGAUUACGUACUCGCAUUGAUGUAAUAUUGUUAUGGAUAAUAUUUAACGUGUAUUACUUGCAAUCUUAAUACUUGCAUAGAAUAGUUUAAUUUAAAAAAAUAUCUUGACACAAGUAAAUGUAAUAUAUUUAUGUAAA